AUGACAAUUCAUCUUACUAUAGAAAAUGUGGAUAAGUAUGAAUUGGUUGACAAGGAUAUUUCUGGUCUUCCUUAUCUCAAAGUUUUAAGGAAGGAUGAUGCAGUUCCUCUACUGUAUGAUAGUCAAUUUAACUUAAGUGAACCCCUUACACGAAAAAAGCACCAGUCUGAUUCACUACCCGUGGUGACACAGUUGAUGAGAAAACUUACUGAAGCCAAAUAUAGCGUAAGACAAAACGAAUCUAACCUUCAGGAAUAUGUAAAAAUUAAGCAAGCGGCUGCCUUUUCUUUGUAUGAGACCGGCAACCCUAAUUCAGAAGAUUCUAUGUUUAAAACAGGAACAAAUAUAAUAACAAAGGUAUUAGAGAUUAAAACAAAGAAGCCAUGUGUGAAAUUAUGUAACAAGAAAGUAAUUGUCAUUGUUAACAUUGAAAAUGAGAACACUGAACCCAUAGACAACAUCCACAUUCUAUUUCAUGGAUUACAGAAGAAAUCAACCGAGUACACAACAAAAAUAUAUGAAGAGACAAGUUAUUCCCCCUAUUGGAGGGAAAAGGAUUUCCAUUCUAUAAAGUCAAAUGAAGAAUGCUCCAUCAUAGGGAUAAUUGAAAUGAAAGAACUAAAAUAUUCCGUUUCAAAGAUUGAAUUUGAAGCAGUGUUGUCAUAUAUGAAACAGGGAAAGAGCUACGUAUUGCCUUUAGAUGAUGUGUCAAUAUCUGCAAUAGAUACCAUGGGGGAAAACUUUGAUAUCUUACAAAGUAGUGAAGAGGACAAAUACAAAGUUCUGGCCAUAUUAGCAACUUCUGAAAAGACUGAUAUAAAUCUAAGACAUAUUGAUCAUAAGGAAAACCCUAUUAAUAUAUUAGAAGCAAUAUCUAAUCAUUUGGAUAUAGAAAGAUUAGGAAAUUUGAAAAAUGUCCUUAUCCACAAGAAAUCUUUGAACCACAUUCUUUAUGGCUUAACACUUAUAUUCCUGGAAGAAACCAAUCUCAGCGCUUGUGUAACUGUUCAGAUUUAUUCUAGGUCACCUGCACAAGUCCUAGCUUUUAUUCACUACUUAUAUGACGGUGUACCUUAUAGAAUAAUGGCAACAUUACCCAACCACAUUGUCACUUCCAAAAGUGAGGAUUUGUCCCACCUUGACAGUGAAAAGAUAGAUAACCCACAAAUUGAUUACACUUCCUACGCAACAACUAUUAUAAACCAGUCGAAAAUCAUGUUACAAUAUCUAGACGAGUGCAUUGUUAAAAUGAAUGAAAAUACUUCUCCUGAAGUGCAGAGUAAAAUCGGUCAUCAAAUACAAAUAUUGUCUAUGGGCCUUCCAGAGUUUUUGAAGUUUAGGAACAAGGUGCUGCAAGAAGCGAGUAAUGGGAUACAAGGGUUGAAGUUGAAGGAGAAGAUUGAUACACUAUCGGUGGACAUGAUGGAUGAAUCAUAA